GUCUGAAGUCCUCCUCAGCAGUCAGAGUGUGUGGAUAUAUCCAACUGGAGGACAAACCCCUUUGAUUGGAUCCCCAUAGCUGACUGGCUGGUGUGGUGGAUACCCUGCUUGUCCCUCACAUAGUCCUGUUUGUGGAGAGCUCUGACCAGGUGGGAGGCCUUUUCACAUAGCACGCCGGACCAGGGAGGAAGACUUUUAACGUGACACGCCGGACCAUGGACAGGAAGAGGAAAUGGGUGCUGAACAGCGGUGCUUUGCUGGUGAUAUUCCUUGGUCGCAUGACCACAGGCUUAGAAGUGCCUCUUGACCCUAAGGUUCUGGAAGGAUUACCACAGCCUCCCACUAUAACCCACCAAUCCUCUAAGGAUUUCAUCAUCGACCCUCGGGAGAACAUCCUCAUCUACUGUGAGGCCAAAGGGAAGCCGCAUCCCAGCUUUUCCUGGACACGGAAUGGGACGCAUUUUGACGUGGAGAAGGACUCUAAGGUGUUGAUGAAGCCGAGCUCAGGGACGCUGGUCAUAGACAUCAGUGGGGAGAAGGCUGAGGCCUACGAGGGGAUCUACCAGUGUACCGCACGCAACGAGCACGGGACCGCAGUUUCCAACAACAUCGUCAUCAGACAGUCGAGGUCCCCCUUGUGGUCGAAGGAGAGGAAAGAGGCAAUCAUGGUACAGGUGGGAGUGUCUCUGGUGCUGCAGUGUCGACCCCCUGCGGGCCUGCCCCCUCCCAUCAUCUUCUGGAUGGACAACAACUUCCAGCGCCUGCCUCAGAACACGCGUGUGUCCCAGGCGUUAAACGGAGACCUGUACUUCUCUAACGUCCUAUUGGACGACACCAGGAACGACUACAUCUGUUACGCCCGCUUCCCCCACACACAGACCAUCCAGCAGAAACAACCCAUCACUGUCAAGGUCCUGGACAUGGAUGCAAUCAAUGAAACUGUGGCAGCUAUGUACAAUUAUACGAACAAUUUAUUUGUUGACAGUCCAUCGGGGGAGCGGCGACCCAGCUUCAUGGCUCCUCCGGGGCGGAGCAGCACCCAGAUGGCCCUGAGGGGAGGGGUUCUGGAGCUGGAGUGUAUCGCUGAAGGACUGCCGACUCCGGAGGUGUCCUGGUAUAAGGAGAGUGGCGAUCUUCCUAGCAGCCGGAUGUCCUUCCACAACUUCCAGAAGACGUUGAAGAUCGCAGAUGUGAUGGAGGCGGACGCCGGGGACUACCGCUGCACGGCCAAGAACAGCCUAGGCUCCGCCCAUCACAUCAUCAAAGUCAACGUCAAAGCGGCUCCGUUCUGGAUCAGUGCCCCCAGGAACCUGAUCCUGGCCCCGAAGGAGACGGGCAUCCUCACCUGCAGAGUCAGUGGAGACCCCAAGCCCCAAAUCGCCUGGUCCGUCAACGGAGUCCCCAUCGAAGACUCUCCAAAGGACAUGAGUCGGAAGGUGGAGGACGACACAGUGAUCCUGAGCGAUGUCCAGACCGGCUCCAGCGCUGUCUACCAGUGCAACGCCUCCAAUGAGUUUGGCUACCUGCUGGCUAAUGCUUUUGUCAAUGUGCUUGCCGAAGCACCAAGGGUGCUGACUCCCCCCAACAAUGUGUACCAGGUCAUCACCAACAAUCCUGCCUUCCUGGACUGUGCCUCGUUCGGCUCGCCCAUACCAACCAUCACAUGGUUUAAGGACAGUCAGACCAGUAUCCUGAAUAGAGACCCAUAUGUGAUCCAUAAUAACGGUACCUUAGAGAUCAACGUAGCCCAGUCCCUGAACAGUGGCAAGUACACCUGUAUAGCCUCCAACAACCUGGGAACCAGGGAGAACCAUGUCUACCUGGAGGUCAAAGAGCCGACGAGGAUCCUGGCCCAGCCAGAGUACAUGGUGGUCCAGAGGAACAGAAAGGCAGUGUUUGAGUGUAAAGUUAAACACGACCCCACCCUCAUCCCCACCAUGAACUGGCUCAAAGACAACGGAGAGCUGCCUGACGACGAGAGGUUCUUGGUGGACACUGACAGUCUGACCAUCAACGACGUGACAGAGGAGGACGAGGGAACCUACACCUGUGUCAUGAACACCACCCUGGACCAGGACUCAGCGAGCGCCAUGCUCACCGUCGUUGAGGCUACUCCAACUCCUGCUAUUGUCUACGAGGAACCAGACCCUCCUACAGACCUGGAGCUGACUGACCAGAGAGAGAGGAGCGUCCAGCUCACCUGGAUACCCGGGGACGAACACAACAGCCCCACACAGAAGUUCCUAGUCCAGUAUGAGGACCUGCUCCACCAGGCUGGGGUGUGGCACAACCUGACAGAGGAGGAGGGCACCAAGACCACGGCCCACCUGGACCUGUCCCCCUACGCAUACUACUCCUUCAGGGUUCUGGCCGUGAACCAUGUGGGCUACAGCCGGCCCAGCCAGCCCUCCAGACAGUACAGGACCAACCCUGCAGCUCCAGAUGUGAAUCCAACAGAUGUCCAUGGUGUUGGAACUGAACACAAUAACUUAGUCAUCUCAUGGAAAGAGCUGACAGGCCUCCAGUCCAACGGGCCAGGACUACAGUACAAGGUGAACUGGAGACAGAAGGAUGUGGAGGAGGACUGGUCGUCUGAGACCGUGGCUAACGCCUCCAAGUAUGUGGUGUCAGGCACACCCACUUUCGUACCCUACGAGGUCAAAGUUCAGGCGGUGAACGACUACGGAAACGGACCAGCGCCCGAGGCGGUGGAGGGAUACUCUGGAGAGGACGUGCCCAUGUCAGCCCCAGAGAGUGUCCAGGUGCUGGUUCAGAACGGGACGCUAGCAGAGGUUCACUGGGAGCCUGUCCUCACCUCCGUGGUCAGGGGACGACUCCAGGGAUACAAGGUGUCCUACUGGCGUGAGCGUAGCCUCCACCAGGCAGAGGCACAGCAGGAGGAGCAGCAGGUGUUGGCCUUCAGUGGAAACAGGACUGACGGCAGACUACCAGGCCUCAAACCCUACAGCCUCUACACACUGAACAUCAGGGUGGUCAACGGCAAGGGAGAGGGGCCCCCCAGCCCCAAUCACAACUUUGAGACCCCCGAGGGAGUCCCAGGUCCUCCUUCCUUCUUGCGUAUAAAGAACACCAACAUGGACUCUCUGACGCUGGAGUGGGGUCCUCCACAGGACAACAAUGGUCGCCUCACCGGCUACACACUCAAAUACCAGCCAGUCAACAGCUCCAAUGAGCUUGGUCCCGUUGAGGAGAUGAUGUUCCCAGCCAAUGAGACCACCGUAAUCCUGUCCGACCUCAAGUACAGCACCCGCUAUAAGUUCUACUUCAAUGCUAAGACCAUCAAGGGCUCCGGCCCAACCAUCACAGAGGAGGCUGUCACUAUCAUGGAUGAAGCCUUUGUUCAGCAACCCAUAGUAGAUGUGGUCAAAGGCUACACAGAACCCCAUCUUCCAAUCUCUCCCAUCACUCAGUCUCUGCGCCCCCCGUUUCACAAGGUGCAUUCGAUAGGCCCGGCGUUCACCAAUGUGAACUCAUCUGUGGUGGGAGAGGAGGGAGCAGUGAUAAGUUGGGAAUACUUUGGACCAGAUAAGAAUGUGUACGUGGAGUAUAUUGUAGAAAACAGUAAAGAAGACUGGACAAAAGAGUUUGUAAACGGCAGUAGCGGGUCCCAGACCUAUCUGAUAAAGGGCUUAAAGCCGGGGACGUCCUAUAGGGUUCGGGUGGUAGUUAAAGAUCACUCUGAGGCUACCAUACACAGUACAGAAGAGCUAGUGAUAACACUGCCAGAAGCAAUGAAAAGCAACCAGGUAGACCUAGCCACUCAGGGUUGGUUCAUAGGGCUGAUGUGUGCCAUCGCUCUCCUCAUCCUCGUCCUUCUCAUCAUCUGCUUCAUCAAGAGGAACAAGGGAGGGAAAUACCCAGUGAAAGAAAAAGAAGAUGCUCAUCAUGACCCAGAGAUCCAGCCUAUGAAGGAUGAUGAUGGGACGUUUGGAGAGUACAGUGACACGGAGGACCACAAGCCUCUGAAGGGAAGCCGGACGCCGUCCAACGGAACGGUGAAGAGGGACGACAGUGAUGACAGCCUGGUGGACUACGGCGAGGGAGGGGAUGGGCAGUUCAACGAGGAUGGAUCCUUCAUCGGCCAGUACAGCGGCAAGAAGGAGAAAGACACGCACGAGGGCAACGAGAGCUCCGAGGCCCCCUCGCCGGUCAACGCUAUGAACUCCUUCGUCUAGUUAGAUAGACAGUCGCCGCUAGCCGAUGGCGAUGCCAUGACGACUGGCUGCCAUGGAAACCGUCACUAUGUUGACCUGACCUGUCACCAUGGAGACCUGCCACCAUAAGGACGUGUCACCACGGAGUCUCAUCACCGUGGUGACCUGUCACCGUGGCCACCCAUCACCAUGGCUACUUCUGUCACACCCUGUCAUCUCUCCACAGCCUGCCCCUCUUGCCCGCCAACUCCCAACCCCCCCAUCACACUGUGACUACUCUCACCUCCCUCACUAUCACACGAUGGGACAAACAACUAACCAACCAGAAGAGACAUGAGAAGAAGAACCUUAGAACCAUUUGAAAAAGUAGAAAGAGGGAUGUAGGAGCCCAGAAACAGACAGAGAGAGAUGGAGGAGAAGGAAACACGGACAAGCAGGAAGUGGAGGAAUGUAUUCCAGGAGCAGACUGGGUUGGUUCUCAUCACCCAGACUGCUCCACAAAGUGCUGGAGAGGGCAUGUGUGUGUUAGGGCCAUUUUAGCUUUUGCAAACGUAUAUAUGAUGACAUAUAUAGAUCAUUGUCUUUUUGCAAACAAUGAUAUCCAUUAGAAUAUAUAUUUUCUCAACAUCACCCAACAUGGCAGUCAACAGUAUACAUACAUUUUGCCAUUCUAUACAUUCAUCUGCUUGUGAUUAAUAUACUGCAUGGAAUGAAUGAUACUGUAAACCAUUACACACGGAAUCAUACUGGUGUCUAGCGUGGGAGCAGAGAUUCACGUUGACCGACUGUACGCCAUGACGUGGUGCACACCUUAAACUACUGGUUAUGCCUUUCAUCAUCUUACCUUUCUACUGUCAUAAGUGUUAUAUUGGUAUUAUAAUACGGGGGGGGGGGGGACUAUGGCGUCAUCAAUGUCUUUGUGGACAUUGCUGUGAAAAGUGUGACUCAGUUUAAAUGCUAUUGUGGCAUGUUAUUUUUGCAAGACAGGAGGUGUUUGUAUGUAUACUGUAAUAGCAGAACAAAUCUAUGGACUGGAUGGUCAGGGAUAACACAUUUAUAGUUUGUAGCCCUGAAGAGAAAACUAUUAAUAAUCAAUACAGAAUAACGCCGACACUCCCCACCUCUCUCCAACGAUCCCACACUCACACACAGACGUUGCUGUUUGUCUUUCUUUGGUUUUUCAAGGCUUGUUGUUGUUUAGUUGUUGUUUAUUUGUCUUCCUUUCCGCCAGACACACGGUCUUGUUGCAGUGGCACUACUAUCUAACAUGGAGAUUGGAACAGACCCAUUGUUCAUACAGCUUCACCACACACUCAGCUGAGACUGCAUACAGCCUCUCUGAUCAUGGAACAAACAUUGAUCAACAUGUUGGCCUAACCUAUAAAAUGGCCACCACCCAGCAUAGUUCAACAGCAUUGCAUUUCCACGCUCCUGCCUUGUGUGGAGAGAGAGAGAGAGAGAGAACAGUCAAGCGGUGCUAUGUUCCUGCUGCAGUUCCCAGAGCAGACCUGUGUCAAAAUAGUAAAGUAUUUGUUUUCUUGCAAACACUUUAGGUGUACUCUAUUUCACUUGCGGAACCAAUAUAGUACCAUCACAAGAGAUCCCCACACAUCUGGGUGAACUCUGCACAGCAGACAAGCUAAAUCAAGUACACCCUAAAGUAAUGAAAUCAAACUAUUCUGAGCCAGGUCUGGAACCCGAUACAGACUGCAGGCGGUGCAAAACCAGAGAACCCUUCAGCACGGUUAAUAGUGCCUUUGUAGAGAACAGCCUGAGUUCUAGAUUCAUACCCAUACACAUCCCCUCAUCCACAGAGCAGAACUGUGGUUCUAAUACACAGAGCAGAACCUGGUUCCAAUACACAGAGCAGAACCUGGUUCCAAUACACAGAGCAGAACCGGUUCCAAUACACAGAGCAGAACCUGGUUCCAAUACACAGAGCAGAACCUGGUUCCAAUACACAGAGCAGAACCUGGUUCCAAUACACAGACCAGAACAUGGUUCCAAUACACAGAGCAGAACCUGGUUCCAAUACACAGAGCAGAACCGGUUCCAAUACACAGAGCAGAACAUGGUUCCAAUACACAGAGCAGAACAUGGUUCCAAUACACAGAGCAGAACCUGGUUCUGAAACACAAAGCAGAACCUGGUUCCAAUACACAGAGCAGAACCUGGUUCUGAAACACAAAGCAGAACCUGGUUCCAAUACACAGAGCAGAACCUGGUUCUGAAACACAAAGCAGAACCUGGUUCCAAUACACAGAGCAGAACCUGGUUCUGAAACACAAAGCAGAACCUGGUUCCAAUACACAAAGCAGAACCUGGUUCCAAUACACAAAGCAGGACCUGGUUCCAAUACGCAGAAAUAGAAUGACAUUCAUUCCAUCAUUCUGUUUCUAUGGUUCCAAAUCGGUACAGUUGUCAUGGGUCCAUGUAUAGAUCCAGCCAUGAGAGAUUAUAUACUAACCUAAAGAAAUGAAUCACUAACCAACACCACAGGAGAAUAGACUAUCAUCAUCCAUGGUCUCAUCUCUCCUCUCUGCGUCACACCUAGAGGAAGGGCUAGGGACCAGACCAGCAGCACUAAACUACUGCCAACCUAUGGUGCACCUGACAUGGCACCCUUUCCCCCUAUAUAGUGCACUACUUUUGACCAGGGCGCAUACGGCUCUGGUCAAAAGUAGCGCACUAUGUAGGGUGCCAUUGUCAAAAGUAGGGCACUAAAGGGAAUAGGGUCCCAUUUCAGAUGCAGCCUACUGUUUAACUCUCUGGUUAACUGCCAUUAAGGAUGGGGUGAACUACUGCUACAACGUAAAACAACUGAUAGGAACUGAAGGGGCUUGAACGGUAUGGAAGAUAUUGAAUGUGUUUUGCCUAUUCAUCAUAAGGAAUGAAAUGUUGCUUGUUUCAUUGGACCAUGUCAAUAGUAAUAUGUGCUGGUGAUUUUAGUUUUUUUGCAUUUAAACGUUUAUAUGUGUUUGUUGUCACGUUUUGCUGUAACUCAGAGUGCAACCUUGAAGUUUAGUGUGUAGCCUCCACCCAGUAGUCAGUGGAGUUGGAUCAUCUACAAGAAUGGUGUGUGUGUGCGUGCGUGCGUGCGUGCGUGCGUGUGUGUGACGUAUUCUAUAGCUCCUCUUCUAGGUGAUGACAGUCUGUUGUGUGAAGCGGUCCGGACAUCUUGGCAGAAACAGCUGAUCCAUAUGUCACCUGGAAGACGAAGGGAGAAUUUCAAGAGGAAGUUCCUGAUUUGCAUGAUCUACAUUUUCAACUUGCAUCAAGUUUUUAGUUUCCAAAUGUGUCUGCUUUCUGUGUGUAGAUAUUUUGUUGUAAUAUGUAAAUAGAGCUUGACCUGUAGAUGUUUUGGUUGGAGGGGUAUAGAGACGCCAGACGAGAGCUUGACCUGACUGUAGAUGUUUUGGUUGGAGGGGGUAUAGAGACGCCAGACGAGAGCUUGACCUGACUGUAGAUGUUUUGGUUGGAGGGGGUAUAGAGACGCCAGACGAGAGCUUGACCUGUAGAUGUUUUGGUUGGAGGGGGUAUAGAGACGCCAGACGAGAGCUUGACCUGACUGUAGAUGUUUUGGUUGGAGGGGGUAUAGAGACACCAGACAAGACCUGACUGUAGAUGUUUUGGUUGGAGGGGGUAUAGAGACGCCAGACGAGAGCUUGACCUCACUGUAGAUGUUUUGGUUGGAGGGGGUAUAGAGACGCCAGACGAGAGCUUGACCUGAUUGUAGAUGUUUUGGUUGGAGGGGGUAUAGAGACACCAGACGAGAGCUUGACCUGACUGUAGAUGUUUUGGUUGGAGGGGGUAUAGAGACGCCAGACGAGAGCUUGACCUGACUGUAGAUGUUUUGGUUGGAGGGGGUAUAGAGACGCCAGACGAGAGCUUGACCUGACUGUAGAUGUUUUGGUUGGAGGGGGUAUAGAGACGCCAGACGAGAGCUUGACCUGACUGUAGAUGUUUUGGUUGGAGGGGGUAUAGAGACACCAGACGAGAGCUUGACCUGACUGUAGAUGUUUUGGUUGGAGGGGGUAUAGAGACACCAGACGAGAGCUUGACCUGACUGUAGAUGUUUUGGUUUGAGGGGGUAUAGAGACUCCAGACGAGAGCUUGACCUGACUGUAGAUGUUUUGGUUGGAGGGGGUAUAGAGACACCAGACGAGAGCUUGACCUGACUGUGGAUGUAUUGGUUGGAGGGGGUAUAGAGACACCAGACGAGAGCUUGACCUGACUGUAGAUGUUUUGGUUGGAGGGGGUAUAGAGACGCCAGACGGGAGCUUGACCUGACUGUAGAUGUUUUGGUUGGAGGGGGUAUAGAGACGCCAGACGAGAGCUUGACCUGACUGUAGAUGUUUUGGUUGGAGGGGUAUAGAGACGCCAGACGAGAGCUUGACCUGACUGUAGAUGUUUUGGUUGGAGGGGGUAUAGAGACGCCAGACGAGAGCUUGACCUGACUGUAGAUGUUUUGGUUGGAGGGGGUAUAGAGACGCCAGACGAGAGCUUGACCUGACUGUAGAUGUUUUGGUUGGAGGGGGUAUAGAGACGCCAGACGAGAGCUUGACCUGACUGUAGAUGUUUUGGUUGGAGGGGGUAUAGAGACGCCAGACGAGAGCUUGACCUGACUGUAGAUGUUUUGGUUGGAGGGGGUAUAGAGACACCAGACGAGAGCUUGACCUGACUGUAGAUGUUUUGGUUUGAGGGGGUAUAGAGACACCAGACGAGAGCUUGCCAUGAGUGUUAAUGUUUUGGUUGGAGGGGGUAUAGAGACACCAGACGAGAGCUUGACCUGACUGUGGAUGUAUUGGUUGGAGGGGGUAUAGAGACACCAGACGAGAGCUUGACCUGACUGUAGAUGUUUUGGUUGGAGGGGGUAUAGAGACGCCAGACGGGAGCUUGACCUGACUGUAGAUGUUUUGGUUGGAGGGGGUAUAGAGACACCAGACGAGAGCUUGCCAUGAGUGUUAAUGUUUUGGUUGGAGGGGGUAUAGAGACACCAGACGAGAGCUUGACCUGACUGUGGAUGUAUUGGUUGGAGGGGGUAUAGAGACACCAGACGAGAGCUUGACCUGACUGUAGAUGUUUUGGUUGGAGGGGGUAUAGAGACGCCAGACGGGAGCUUGACCUGACUGUAGAUGUUUUGGUUGGAGGGGGUAUAGAGACGCCAGACGAGAGCUUGACCUGACUGUAGAUGUUUUGGUUGGAGGGGGUAUAGAGACACCAGACGAGAGCUUGCCAUGAGUGUUAAUGUUUUGGUUGGAGGGGGUAUAGAGACACCAGACGAGAGCUUGACCUGACUGUGGAUGUAUUGGUUGGAGGGGGUAUAGAGACACCAGACGAGAGCUUGACCUGACUGUAGAUGUUUUGGUUGGAGGGGGUAUAGAGACGCCAGACGGGAGCUUGACCUGACUGUAGAUGUUUUGGUUGGAGGGGGUAUAGAGACGCCAGACGAGAGCUUGACCUGACUGUAGAUGUUUUGGUUGGAGGGGGUAUAGAGACGCCAGACGAGAGCUUGACCUGACUGUAGAUGUUUUGGUUGGAGGGGGUAUAGAGACGCCAGACGAGAGCUUGACCUGACUGUAGAUGUUUUGGUUGGAGGGGGUAUAGAGACGCCAGACGAGAGCUUGACCUGACUAGAUGUUUUGGUUGGAGGGGGUAUAGAGACACCAGACGAGAGCUUGACCUGACUGUAGAUGUUUUGGUUGGAUGGGGUAUAGAGACGCCAGACGAGAGCUUGACCUGACUGUAGAUGUUUUGGUUGGAGGGGGUAUAGAGACGCCAGACGAGAGCUUGACCUGACUGUAGAUGUUUUGGUUGGAGGGGGUAUAGAGACGCCAGACGAGAGCUUGACCUGACUGUAGAUGUUUUGGUUGGAGGGGUAUAGAGACGCCAGACGAGAGCUUGACCUGACUGUAGAUGUUUUGGUUUGAGGGGUAUAGAGACGCCAGACGAGAGCUUGACCUGAUCAACUAGCAUCAUGGGGGUUUGAAGGUGUGUUGGGUGCAUUGCAAGAUGGGGACAAGAGAGACCUUUUACAGUUUUCACUCUUUCAUUUGCUGUGCAACUUUGUUUUUCAAAUUUGUCAGGUUACUACUUUUGCUAGCUCAAGGCCUUAUGGGGUAAGGAGGAGAGGUGCAGGAGACGAGGAGGAGGAGGAGGAGGAGGAGAAAAUAAUUCAAAUAAACAAAUGACAUGCUCAUCCAUUGAGACUCACAAAUAGACUAAAUGAUAGCAGGACGCAGUGUGAAUCCCCUGACUGGUGACUACAGGAAAUAAUAUAUGAAAUGAUAGUAGAACAUUCUGGUAAAUGUUGAAGCUACUCGAAGAGCAUGAAAGGCUGUCAAAUGGUUUACUCUAUAAUAUAAUAUUGCUAAAUAUUUUGUAUUUUGAAAUGAAAAUAAAUGUUGGUUUCAGAAUUUCA